AUGGCCGCCGCCGACAAUUCCAGAUCUGAAGAUCGCCGUAAGAUCGCGCUGAUUACGGGGAUCACGGGUCAGGACGGAUCGUACCUGACGGAAUUCCUGGUGGAGAAGGGGUACGAGGUUCACGGCCUCAUCCGCCGGUCCUCCAACUUCAACACCCAGCGGAUCAACCACAUCUACAUCGACCCCCACAACGCCGGCAAGGCCCGUAUGAAGCUCCACUACGCCGACCUCACCGACGCCUCCUCUCUCCGCCGCUGGCUCGACACCAUCCUCCCCGACGAGGUCUACAACCUCGCCGCCCAGUCCCACGUCGCCGUCUCCUUCGAGAUCCCCGACUACACCGCCGACGUCGUAGCAACCGGCGCCCUCCGCCUCCUCGAGGCCCUCCGCUCUCACAUCUCCGCCACCGGCCGCUCCCACGUCCGCUACUACCAGGCCGGCUCCUCCGAGAUGUUCGGCUCCACCCCUCCCCCCCAGUCCGAGUCCACCCCCUUCCAUCCCCGAUCCCCCUACGCAGCUGCUAAGUGCGCCGCCCACUGGUACACUGUCAACUACCGCGAGGCCUACUCCAUCUUUGCCUGCAACGGCAUCCUCUUCAACCACGAGUCCCCCCGCAGGGGAGAGAAUUUUGUGACCCGCAAAAUCACACGGGCCGUGGGCCGGAUCAAAAUCGGGCUCCAGAGCAAGCUCUUCCUGGGUAAUCUGCAGGCCUCCAGGGACUGGGGUUUUGCUGGGGACUAUGUUGAGGCCAUGUGGCUCAUGCUGCAGCAGGAGAAGCCUGAUGACUAUGUUGUGGCCACUGAGGAGUCCCACACGGUGGAGGAGUUCCUGGCAGUGGCUUUCGGUUAUGUUGGGCUCAACUGGAAGGACCACGUGGUGAUCGACAAGCGCUACUUGAGGCCAGCGGAGGUCGAUAAUCUGAAAGGGGAUGCCAGCAAGGCAAAGAGAGUGCUUGGGUGGAAACCGAGGGUUGGGUUCGAGCAGCUGGUGAAGAUGAUGGUGGAUGAGGAUAUUGAGCUGGCUAAGAGGGAGAAGGUGCUUGUUGAUGCUGGAUAUAUGGAUGCCCAGCAACAACCUUGA